AUGACAACCCUGUUCAACUCCUCUCAGGAGAUAGUGUUUGUGCUUCAUGGACUGAAUGUGACGCAGACAAACAGACACAUCUACUUUGUAUUUAUUCUAAUCCUCUACCUUUUUACAAUUUGUAUUAAUCUUACACUGAUCUUUACAAUUUUUUUGGAGAAAAUGUUUCAUGACCCAAUGUAUUUAUUCCUCGGUAAUCUGUGUGUUAAUGGGAUCAUUGGUGCUUCAUCUUUCUACCCAAAGAUACUUUUUGACCUUUUGUUGGACUCUCAUAUAAUAACAUACAUUGGGUGCUUGACCCAGAUAUUUGUCAUCUACUCUUAUGUUUAUUGUGAAUGCACCAACUUAACAGUGAUGGCUUAUGACGGAUAUGUUGCUAUCUGUAAGCCAUUACACUACAACUCAAUUAUGACUAUUAGAAAAGUGUGGACACUGCUUCUUCUAACGUGGCUUUUAUCAUGGCUAGAAUGUAUCUUUUCAGUAUUUCUAACAUCUAGGUUACCGCUCUGUGGGGUUGACAUUGAUAAACUUUAUUGCUCAAACUGGGCAGUUGUGAAGCUGUCGUGUGUUGACACCACUCUGAACAAUAUCUCUGGCUUUGUUUUCAUAUAUUCACAUGUCUUUCAAACAAUACUUGUCCUUAUUUCCUACAUAAAGAUCAUCAAAGCAUCUUUGCGUACCCAGGCAGGGAGAAGAAAGUUCAUGCAGACCUGUCUGCCUCAUCUGAUUACCCUGAUCAACUUUGUCAUAUCUCUAUUAUUUGAUGUGAUGUACGCUCGUUAUGGCAGCAACACCAGUCUGUUGGCCCUGAGGAAUAUCAUGGCUGUGGAGUUUCUAGUUGUUCCUCCUCUGGUAAAUCCAAUUGUAUAUGGGAUUAACCUCACUCAGAUUCGUAAUAGAGUUCGACAGUUGUUUAAACGUAAAGUUGCUGUCCUAAGGUAA